UUGUAAACGCUCAGCCAUCACCCACACCACAACAACAACAACGGCUUCCACCACCACCAGUCACUAGCCUCUCACUCUCCAACAACAACCCAGUCACCAGGCGAGUUCCAGGGACUACCUGGGCACACUACACGUGUGGAAGAGGCUAUAAGGAGGUCUCCUAGCAGUAUAUUCUCGCGUGUUUUCCGUUAUAAUGAGCCAACACUCUGAGAAAGACUUGGAUGUGACGAGCUGCAGUCGAGGGCUCUGGUUAGUCAAGAUACCUAAAUAUAUGCGGGAGAAAUGGGCAGACUGUGCUGGUUGUGAUGUUGGGAAGCUUAAGAUUACAAAGGUUCCCGGUAAACUUCCAACUGUAACCUUUACAUCAGGUGAUAGCAUCUUGAAGGAUAGCAAAAUUGCUCGGGAGCACAAGUUCAUUUUGCAUAGUGUGAAAGAAAUGACUCUCGGUGUUUUUUCACAAACAGUUCCUGGUGGCAACCCAGAUUCUGUAGUUCCCGAGACCGAAAAGUUAUACAUGGAGGGACAAGUCAUACAGAAAUUUGAGUGUCAACCUGUAGUGGACAACUACUAUAUAAAUCAGAAAAGGGCAGCUGUGAAAAAAGCUGCCCAGCCUCAUCGUAAGGCAGAGUUUAUUGACAGACCUGUACAUGUCUAUAGGCCUAUUUCACAUCAUAAACAUAAUGUUGAUAUAGAGCAAAAGAAGAAGGCUGAAGGCAAGAAGGCUCGUGAUGAUAAGGAUAAGGUCAUGGAGAUGUUGUAUGCAGCGUUUGAAAAGCAUCAGUAUUACAAUAUUAAGGACCUUCAGAAGAUUACCCGACAACCAAUUAUAUACCUAAAGGAAAUCCUGAAGGAGAUGUGUGAUUAUAAUGUUAAGAAUCCACACAAGAACAUGUGGGAACUCAAACCCGAGUACCGGCAUUAUAAGAGUGACGAAAAGGCGGUGGAAGAUCCAGGCAGCGAUUAGGCUCGUACUAUACCUCACUAUACAAGAGUGAAGAGAAGGCUGUGAAUGAUCCAGGGAGUGAUUAGGCUCAUACUUCACUUUGUUCUCUUAUGUUUUCCCUUCAAUGUUCUUUCAUAUUUUGUCUCUUGAAACUAAAGUAGGAUUAAAUAGUUGGGUGUUCAGACCUUUUUUUUUUUUUCAGGGUGGUAGAGGUGUGGUAUGUAAUUGUUAUUAAAAGUAGUGUAGUCCUAUAUAAGUUUUAAUUUUUUGUAUAUACAGUAAUCUCUAAAACCAUUCAAUUCCUCAAUUUUAUUUUGUAAUUGCAGUUGAGAUGGUAAACAAAAAGCAUAUUUAAGCAUUUACUGAUGCCAUUACAAAACUAUCCAUUAUUAAAACUCUGCUCAUGUGGCAAUUCAGAAUUGCCUAUCUGAAAAAUAUCCACAGCAGCAACAAGAAUUAUUUGCAAUAUUUUUUCAGAGGUACUAUAUAUGCAUUAAAUGUAUAUUUAUGAAGUAAAAUAGACCAGGCAAUGAUGCAGGUGAUGAGUCACAGUAAUGUGGCUGAAGUAGUUUUACCAGACCACACACUAGAAGGUGAAGAGAGGACGACGUUUCAGUCCGUCCUGGACAGACCGAAACGUCGUCGUCCCUUCACGUUCUAGUGUGUGGUAUGGUCAAUCAGACCAGGCAAUGAUAUAUUGCCAAGAAUGUUUUGUGUCAUGUGUGCAGAUGAUCUGAUUGCCAAGUAUAUCAUAAUUUCAUGGGCACAAAAUUAAGAUUCGCACACAUGCCCGAACAUCUGGAUGAAGUAUGGCCUUUGGCGUACACUGUGAUGAAGCACCUGCAAAAUGUUAAUGAUAGUCCAGUUAAUUUAUUUUGUAAAAGUCUUACAUUUUAAAUGUAUAUAAUUUAAGAUGAGCUUAAUUUGUUGUACAGUAGUUUAUUUAAAAUUUGUACUUCAUACAAAUAUUUUUCAUUAAAACUACAUGUAUAAUAAAUUACAUGUCAUUGAUUUCUCUUGGAAAACUGGCGUUCACAGUUAAUUGUCACCUUGAAUUUUGUAUAUAUACCUAUAUAUGCUCCAAAGCCAAAUGUAUAAUUUGACAUUAAUACUGUAAUAAUGGAAUUUUUAUAUUUCCUUUGUGUAAUCUAAAUUAAAUUCCUACAUAUUUUGAAUAGAUAUUUGUAAA